GUUUCGACCAUUCCGACCGAAGACGAAUGGAAGAUUAACGACAUAAUCAUGCGAACGAUGUACGACCUGAAAGUCUGCUCACUGUUUCUGAAGCAGGCGAUAGCCGACGCGACGCUGAAGGAGCACGCCGACGACAUCUACAGUCGACACAGCAUCGAGAAGGUCAACCUUGAAAUCACGAGACUGUUACUCGUCCUCGAGCUCGCGUCGCACGAAUUCGUCGGCUUCGUGCCACAUAUGGACAUAGUUGUGAAACUGCCCGCUAGGGAGCCUGCCGAGUCGACGAGAGUCGCUCGCGACUACCUGCUCAUGCGGGAUCUUGUUAACUAUCUGGAGUUUGUCGUUGAAGUGUUCGGUAAAAUCAAGAAGAGCUACGAGGCAAGGCUCGCCGUGAAAACCGUGGUAAACUUCGUCUGAGAACGCGCACGGAAACAGUUAUAUUAUAUUAUAUAUUACAUUAUAUACAUAUAUUAUAUAUUAUAUUUAUA